AUGAUUGGGAAGAAGACAAUUGUCACUGGCGGUGAUUCGGGUAUCGGACGUGCUGCCGCUGUUCAUUUUGCCAAAGAAGGUGCCGAUGUCGCCAUCGUGUAUCUCCCCGAAGAACAAGUGGAUGCGGAUAAAACUAAACAACUUAUCGAAAAAGCUGGUCGACAGUGCCUUCUUUUCCCUCAGGACAUACGCGAUGAAGCAGGUUGCAAUAGGGUCAUCGAAAGUGUUGUAAAGGCUUGGGGCAGGAUAGAUGUGUUGGUGAAUAAUGCGUCUGUCAUGUACGACCAGAAGAGUAUCACUGAUAUCACUACGGAACAGUUCAAGCGCACCAUGGAGACCAACAUAUAUGGCACUUUCUUCUUGACCCGAGCCGCGGUCCCUCAUAUCCCUAAAGGCGGCUCUAUCAUUAUUACUGCAUCGCAGGGUGAGUUUUCCUUCGGUCCUCCUAGUCUACUCGACUACUCCAUGACCAAAGGCGCCCAAGUAUCCAUGGUUCGAUGUCUCUCCAAUCAGCUUAUCGGACAAGGCAUCCGUGUAAACGCUGUCUGUCCAGGGCCCGUCUGGACUCCUCUUCAACCCGCGGCGAUGGACAAGGAGACGAUGAAGACUUGGCACAACACUCCUGCGCCAAUCGGACGUAUCGGUCAGCCUUCCGAGCUUGGACCGGCGUAUGUGUUUCUGGCGAGUGAGCAAAUGGGUAGUUUCAUCUCUGGUCAGAGCAUUCACGUAAAUGGUGGCGCGAUCGUCAGCGGGUAA